AUGCUCCGAAAAGCUUUUCGUCAUGGGGCGUGGUUUCCAACACGGACUGAAUUUUUGCAUGCGUUGUCCCUCUUACCAGACGAUGAUCGUAUUGUUAUUUUGCGUUAUGUUCAUCAGCGUGACGUGUUAUCGCGAAUGGCCGGUCGUCUCUUGAUGCGACAGGCGGUUGUCUCGUGGUUUUCGGUUGAUUCCAGUGCCAUAGUUUUUGACCGCACGGACUUGGGCAGGCCGUUUGUGGUUGGUUAUCAGAGUAUUCUGGAUCUCAACAUUUCGCAUGGGGGUGAGUUUACGACAAUCGUAAGCGUGAACCAAGGCCGCUGUGGCGUAGAUGUAAUGAGAAUUGAAUUACCU